AGGACACUGCUACUGUGCGGGGAGGGAAAUGAACACCACUCCUAUGGACAUCCAGAUGUUGUGGAGCUAACUGUUCAUCAACUCAUCAAUGUUUGUGUCCCUUCUUAUGCAGUGUGACAGGGCCUAAGUAAGAGGGGUCUGGGGCGUACCUUGGAGAGCUCCAUCCAUGAGCUCUGAACACCAUGACCUUUCAGAAGUCUUCGUCGACCUCUAGCAUAUUCCACAUGCUCAUAUUAUGGUUUGUCAUUGUCCUGUUCUGCGCUGAUGGUUUGAGAGCUGAGAUGGGGACGACACCUAACCUGAAACACAUUGUGAUUGGUCGAUGUUACAGCUACAUAACACUAGUUUGCCCUAAUUCCAGCUAUGACUGUGAGGAGAUCUGGAGGGAGUUUGAGGAGGCUGUAAUGAGGAAGUCUCGCUGUAAUGUGAAGAUUAAGGACUACAAAAGGAUGUUCCAUGCCACACCACAGACUCUGACAUGUGGUAAGUUGCUGUUCUGGAGUAAGACCAGGGAGCUGAUGCACAGCUAUGCAGCUGUAACACGUCGUUUCUGGACCCUGGAGGACACGCUGGUGGGAUACAUGUUCAAUGACCUCAUCUGGUGCGGACAGGAAGAGAAAGACAGAGGCUUUGAUUUCAACUCUUGCCCAGACUGGUCAACGUGUGUAAACCAUCCUGUCUAUUCCUUGUGGAGACAAGCCUCACAAAACUUUGCUGCAGCGGCAUGUGGCAACAUCACAGUGCUGCUCAAUGGAUCCAUAGAGAAUGCUUUCAACAGGAAAAGCAUGUUUGGGGGUGUGGAGCUGGACAGCCUGAACCCCAGAAUGGUGGAUCAUGUCAACAUCAAGGUGGUGGCCAACCUGGAGGGACCCUUCCUAGAAUCCUGCACUCAGGGUUCCAUUGUGGAUUUGAUCAAUGUCCUACAGACCAGAGGGUUCCGCUGGACCUGCACAGACAGUGACCUGUGAUGUCUGGUCCGGGAGUCAGAACCGGAACUACCUGGGAGGCCUAAGCCGGUUUGUAGGAUUCCCAUACCUCGGCGGGUUUGACGGGUUCCCCUGCCUUUGCUGGCUCGACGGGUUUCCAUACCUCGGCGGGUUUGACGGGUUCUCCUGCCUUUGAUGGCUCGACGGGUUUCCAUACCUCAGCGGGAUAGACAGGCUGUGAUGCGUCAGCGGGUUCGAUAGGCUCCCAUGCCUCAGCUAGGUGAACAGGUUCCCGUGCCUCAACCAAGGCAACCAGGGAGGUCUCAGCCGGCUCAUCAGGCUCUCACGCCUCAGCCGGUUCGUCAGGUUUCUUGCGCCUCAGUAGAGGUGACCGGUCCGCUCCUGAUCCCUGGGAUCGUCCCUGUGGUUGGCGUCCUGCGGCCAGAGCCGCGCGCCGGGGUGGGGGUAAUGUCACGUAUGCGCUCUCCAGUGCUUUAAGUCGCCAUGCUCCCGUGCCUCUGCAGGAUCGACAGGUUUCUUGCGCCUUAGCAGAGGUGAGCGGUCCGCUCCUGAUCCCCGGGAUCGUCAUUUUGGUCGGUGUCCUGCGGCUGGAGCCACGUGUUGGGGAGGGGAUGCUGUCACAUGUGCUCCCUCUCUGUUUCAGUUUGAUGUCUGUGCGUUGUUCGUGUUUCUUGUUUUGUAUUAUGUUUCGUUCAUUUAUGAAAUUAUUCACUCCCUGAACUUGCUUCCCGACUCCCAGCACACACAUUACCAUGAGACUUUUGCUUGAAAAAAAAUUGGGGGAUACUACUGAUUAUUUUUGACACUACAACCAUAUUUGCAUAAAUCUCAAUGCAUUUCAAUUGGCAUAGGUUAACAUGGUAAAAGUUUGGACUGUAACUAGUCUUCAACCUUUAAAGCUAGAAACGCCAUUUGGAUGUUCCACUGUUCUUGAACUGUUAAAGCUACAAAGACCAAACCAACUUUGACAUGUUACAGACUGACUCAACUUGUAAAAUUAAAUAAAAUAUCCCAGAAAUGUUCCACACACACAAAAAUCUUGUUUCUCAAAAGUGUUGUGCACAAAUAUGUUUACAACU